AUAUUUUAUUCUCUUCAAAACCUUAUAAAAACACUUUCAAAUCCUAGUCCAUUCUUCCUCUUCUUCCCCAACACUUUCACACUAUCAUUUUCUUCUUCUGUCUUUUCUUUCCUCUUUGCUCAAAGCUUCACCACCUUCUUUAACCCACUUCAGAAUUCUUUUGUUGGCCCUUUUAAGUUUUAAUACUCAAAUCCAUACUGUGGCUCAAGUGAACUCUUUUAUUUUAUUUUCUUUUCAUUCAAGGGUUUAAUCAAUUAUUGUGUAAAGUUGUCAACUAGAUAUUCAAAGACUGACAAUUUUAGCAGAAAGUUUCAUUUUUUGAUUGAAAAAAAAAAAAAAAAACAGUUUUUGGAAACAGUUUUGUUCUCAAAAACUGACUUUUGGUUUGUUAUUUUGUUGACAAAACUUCACUCAAAAGCCUUUCCUUUUGGCUUUCACAUAGCAUUUUUGUGGAGUUUGACUGAAAACUUGAGGUGGGUUGGAAGGUUUUUGCUUUAUAGAGUUAAGAUUUUCUUGUGAGUCCUUUUGGCAAUGCAAAUUUCAUUCACUUGACAUGAGUGUAUUCUGCUAUUCGAAUCUAGGCAGAGGAUUCAACCCCGUGAUCAGUGGGGUCAGGAGUCUUGUUUGUGACCUACCUUACUUGAGUAGGAGGGAGAAGAAGGGAUAAAAGUGGCAAAGAUGAUGGAAAAUAAACGAAGUCCUUGCUCUGUUGACCAGGGCAGUCUCACCAACCUCCCUGCAAAACGACAUAAAGCCGAUCUAUCUAUUUCCACCAAGGAGAGGAAAGAGAAGCUCGGUGAACGAAUCAUGGCUCUACAACAGCUUGUUUCACCGUAUGGCAAGACAGAUACAGCAUCGGUCCUUUUGGAGGCUAUGGAAUACAUCCAAUUUCUACAUGAACAAGUAAAGGUGUUGAGUGCUCCUUAUCUCCAAAGUGCACCAAUGGCUAAGGUUCAGGAAUUCGAUAACUGCAGCUUACGGAAUCGGGGUUUAUGUCUCGUCCCCAUUUCUUGUACUGCUGGAGUUGCUCGAAGCAAUGGCGCAGAUAUUUGGGCACCCAUUAAGACAACGUCACCAAAAUUCGAGAAGGCGAUUACACAAUUUCAUUGAUUGCCAAUCCAUCACACAUCCAACCAAAGGUUUUGCGGUGUGUGGUGGGUAAGUGUAACCAGCUCCUCUCUUAAUGCAUAUCAAACUUUUUUCAGGCAGCUGGAACCGGAAUUGGGGCAUGGGAGUGCUCGAAAAAUGGGAUUUCUGGUAUGUGAAAUAGUUUUAGUUAUUGAAUGUCUACACUAUCUAAUUGCUAUCACAAUUGUGCACCAUUAUAGUUUUAAUUGGUGGUGGGAUUAUGGCAUUCUGGUAUGUUAUUUUCUCUGUUCUUAUCAAGGGAAAUGUAUAUGUAUGAACUUGAGCUGUACAAUGAUUCUUGUAUUGAAAUGAUAAAAAUAUGGGUGAGAGUUUCAUGGUUCCA